AUGAGACUGGAGAUGAUGUUUGUGAAUUAUUUUCAAUACGGUGCGUUCGGUUUUUCUCAAAUUCUCAAUUGGCUUCUUCUCUGUCUGAUCAUCAAAUUCGCUGGCAAGAAGUACGGAUCCUAUAAAUACCUUAUGGUGUCCUACAGCAUAUUUUCAUUGGCAUAUUCUGUUGUUGAAGUGCUCAGCCAGCCAAUCAUGAGUAUCAAAGGGGCCGCAAUGAUUCUAUUCAUAAAUGGUCCAUUCAAAGAUAUGCAUUUUAUUGGAGAUUAUGUCGGAGCCUUGUAUUGCUCAUCAUUCGGCUGCUGCAUUUCUCUAUUGGCUGUUCAUUUCGUGUACCGUUAUCUCGCAAUUUGCAGACCAAAUCAACUUCAUCAGUAUGAAGGAAACAAUAUGUAUAAAUUCAUCAUCUUUCCAUCGAUAAUCAUGAUCAUCUGGUUCGUAGCCAUAUAUGUCGGCGCUUCGCCAUCACCUGACAAAGCAGACUACAUAAGGAGUCUUGCGUUGGUUUCACAAAAAAAAUUGUCUGGAUUUCAGUAUUACAAUCGAUAUGAUAUAUUUAUUGUGAGUUGGAUGGAUUUCAUUGGAUGCUCAACAAUUUGUGCCGAAAUGGCACUGUGCAACUCUCUCAUUAUUUUCUGCGGAAUAAAAAUCUAUCGUCGAAGUAUGCAGGCGACCGAGCUCAGCGCAAAAACCAAAGACCUCAACAGUCAGCUUUUCAAAGUUCUCCUCAUUCAAACCAUAUUCCCAUUGAUUCUGAUGUUCAUCCCUGUCGCCCUGUUCUGCAUCUUGCCCAUAUUUCAAAUCGAGGUCGGCUCUUUCGCAAAUGCUCCCGGAUUCACUGUCUCCGUCUAUCCCGGCGUCGACGCGCUUGUUGCCAUUUUGAUGAUUCGCGAUUUUCGGCAUGCUUUAUUCUUCUUUUAUUGUGCAUCAUUUGCUCUUUGCAUUUCACUUCUUUCGAGCCAUUUCGUUUUUCGCUACAUCGCAAUUUGCAAAAGCAAUUAUCUGCACCACAUUUCGGGCUUCAAUCUGUACAAAAUGUUUCUCGCAUCUAUCACUGUUUUCAUAAUAUGGUUUUCGAAUAUUUACGCCAGCUUCUGGCCUUCUGAAAUCAAAUCAGCCUAUUUAUACAAUGAGUUAAUGGAAUAUUAUAAUGUGGAUAGCUACCAAAUCGGGCAUAUCUGUGAGCUAUACUUUUACUAUACGAAGGAAGGCGAGCUUGUCAUCAGUUGGAUGGACUAUUUCGGGGGAAUAUUCGCGAUUUUAAUUAUUAGCAUUUGCGUUAUUGUAAUCCUAAUCUGCGGUUUUAAAACCUAUUCGAAAAUGCAGAGCUAUACAGAAAAGAGCAAAAAAACAAAGGAUUUGAAUAAUCAAUUAUUUCGGGCUUUGAUAUUACAGACAAUUGUGCCGGCUCUGAUGAUGUUCGCCCCCGUGGGUGCCGUCAUUUUUCUACCAAUGAGCGGUAUCAAUUUAGGCACAAUGGCGAAUUUCGCGAGUCUCACCGCUGGCUUUUAUCCCGCUUUUGACGCGAUAAUUGUCAUUUGUGUAAUAAAAGACUAUCGCCAAACGAUUUUGGGUGGCAAUAAGGCCCGAGUAUCAUCUACAAUGCAAUCAUCGUAUUCGAAUAUUUAA